CUGUAGGUGGAAUCUCUCUCUCAGUCUUCGGGCAACACCGCUUACGACACCACCACAACCACCACCACCACCACCACCACUACCACCACUACUACUACUACUACUACUACUACUACUACUACUACUACUACUACUACUAUGAGAGAGAGAGAGAAAGAGAAAUAGAAACAUACAUAUAUCCAAAAGUGAAGUUUUAAGUAAGAUUGUGACCACUUCUACUACUACUACUACUACUACUACUACUACUGCUACUACUACUACUACUAAGGGAUCUACAAGUGUUUUCUACGUGUUAUUCAUAAAGGGGUAACUUCGAUGGCUUAGAAGAAGAAGAAGAAGAAGAAGAAGAAGAAGAAGAAGAAGAAGAAGAAGAAGAAGAAGAAAGAAAGAAAGAAAGAAAGAAAGAAAGAUGAGUGAAGAGAAGAGAGAAAGAGAGUGAGAGAGAGAAAGUGAGAGAGAGAGAGAGAGAGAAUAUGGAUAUACAAGAAACUCACAGAUAAAAAAAGAAAGAAAGAAAGAAAGAAAGAAAGAAAAAUUAAAAAAAGGAAAAAAAAUAAUUAAAGAAAAAUAAGAAAAGAAAAAGAAAACAACAAAAAACAAGAAUAAAAACAACAAAAACAACCUCCCCACUUUCUGCCCUCCCCUUCUCCCCUUUCCUUUCCUCCCCAUCCCUUCCUUUCCCUUUCCCUUCCUUUCCUCCCCAUCCCUUCCUUUCCCUUCCCAUCCCUUCCUUUCCUUUCCUCCCCAUCCCUUCCUUUCCUCCCCAUCCCUUCCUUUCCCUUCCCUUCCUUUCCUCCCCAUCCCUUCCUUUCCUCCCCAUCCCUUCCUUUCCCUUCCAAACCCCUUUCCCUCCCUUCCUUCCCUUCUCCCCUUUCUCUCUCUCCCCAACCCCCCAUCAAUCAUCCCUCAUCUCCUCCCCUUUUCUCUCCCCAUCCCUUCCUUUCCCUUCCAAACCCCUUUCCCUCCCUUCUCCCCUGUCUCUCCCCUCCCCUUCUCCCCCCUUUCUCCCCACCCCCCCAGAAUGUAACCCCCCCCUACCCCUCCCAUUGAAGAUUUAGCCAUGGCCGAGGGGACGUAAGACCCCUUCAAAUGAGGGUUGUGGAGUCGCCCCCCGCCCCCCCCAGACCCCCCCAGCAGCAUGGAGGGGCAGGGUGAGGCCGCCCCCCUCCCCUGCCACACCGCCCCCCCUCCCCCGCCCCCCCUAGGCCUACCACGGGGGGCUGAAAGCGACGAAAGUGGAAGCAUGAAUGAUUUUUUAGAAGGGAGUGAGAGAGAGAGGGAGAGAGAGAGAGAGGGAGAGAGAGAAAGUGAGAGAGAGAGAAAGGGGGAGAGUGAGAUAUCUCCUCCUCCUCCUCCUUCUCCUCCAGGUAGAGAAGAGGAGGAGAAACCCAAGUCUUCCUCCUCCUCCUCCUCGUCUUCCUCCUUCCCUCCUCCUCCUCUUCCUCCCUUCGAAGCUCAGAAAGAAGAAGAGGAAGAAGAAGAAGAAGAGAAGAUAGAAGAGAGACAUAAAACAAAUUGCUCCUCCUCCUCUCCUCCUCCUCCUCCUCUUCCUCCUCCUCUUUCCUCCUCCUCCUCGGAACAUGAUCAGAACGCGAAUCCAACGUGUAUGACAUCUGGCCCCCCUCCCCCCCCCUCACCGCCCUUCCCAGAUGACCUCCCCCCAGGGUCAGCGCCCCCCUCUGUGGUAGAGGGGGGGGAGGGGUGGGUCUCCUUCCCCCUCUGUUCAAUCAAUACGGAUGACCCCGCCAGCCAGAGAUCGGGCAGCCCAACCUUCUCCUCGUCGGGCCUAUCCCCCCCCAGCGAGAGGGCGGCCUGCUCCCCAGACCUACAGGAGGAGCAGGUGGAGGCCUACCUUGACCGACACCCUCAUGUGGUGGAGAGGUGGCUGAGAGAGAGGACCCCCAUGGCGGCCUUCCGGAACAUGCGCGGCGGCCGUAGUCUGCUCCCAAAUGACUCCGAGACAAGGGAAAGCCCAACAUCGGGUACCCCCACGGACAACCAGAUCCACCUCGCGGCCAACUACACCUACCCCAGCAGGCGGAACUCCAUCACCUCCUGGCUGUCCCCGAAGACUGCAAAGGCGAGGAAGGUCGAGCGUCUCACGGAACCCGAACUCUUCAUGGAGCUUAUUAGGGACAUCAGCACGGAAUUGGACAUCGAUACACUCUGUCACAAGAUCUUGGUCAACGUCGGCCACCUCACUAACGCGGACAGAGCCAGCUUGUUCCUCGCUCAGGGUCCCAGACACAACCGUAUGCUGGUAGCUAAGCUGUUUGACGUCACGGUUGAUUCAGUGCUGGAGGAGGCCCUGGCUAACGCGGCGGAGAGGGAGAUCCUAUUGCCAUGGGGCGUGGGCAUUGUCGGUCAUGUGGCAGACACGAAGGAGGUCAUCAAUGUGAAGGAUGCGUACCAGGAUCCCCGGUUCGACUCCAGCGUGGAUCGAAGGACAGGAUAUAGAACCAUGAGCGUCCUAUGUAUGCCUGUGUGCAACUACGAGGGUGAGGUCAUCGGAGUAGCGGAGAUUAUUAACAAGAAGAAUGGCUCGCUAGAAUUCACCAAGCAGGAUGUGGAGGUCUUUCGAAGGUACCUAACGUUCUGUGGGAUUGGGAUUCAGAACGCCCAACUCUUUGAUAUGUCCGUAAGAGAAUACAAGAAGAAUCAGCUCCUCCUCCAACUAGCUCGGGGCAUCUUUGAAGAGCAACUAUCCCUUGACCGCCUCGUGAUCAAAAUUAUGACCGAGGCGAGGGAGCUGUUGAAGUGUGAGAGGUGUUCCGUGUACCUGCUGGACCAUCAGACAACAGCGCCGUCUCUACAGGAGUUAAUGGACAUACCUCCUGAGACCAUGACAGUUCAUAUGACCUUUGAACUCAAAUCCCGCGACGGUGAAUGCCAGAUUACGCAACCGUCCACCGCCCAGCUGACCGCAUCUGUUCACGCCAGACUCGCAAACUACGUCUCCUCUACGGGCCAGACUGUGAAUAUUAACAAUGUUGUACAAUGGCUGGGCUCACCGCUAGAAGAUGGGGGACUUCUCACCCAUAGCGUUCUGACAAUCCCUAUCUUCAACGCCUCGCGGAAGAUACUGGGAGUGGCGCAGAUGAUAAACAAGGAAAGCGGUCUUCAAUUCUCCGACCACGACAUCAACACUUUUGAGGCCUUCGCUAUUUUCUGCGGCCUAGGGAUACAAAACACACAGGCCUAUGAGAAAGCAUGUAGGCUCAUGGCUCGUCAACAGGUCGCCUUGGAGUGUCUGAGCUACCACGCGACCGCCGCCCAGGACGACACAGAACGACUCAAGAUGGCGGAGAUACCAUCAUCAGCGGACUUCGACCUCUAUAACUUCGAUUUUUGCGACAUUGUACUUACCGACGAAGAGACCUGUAAGUCGGUCAUCAGAAUGUUCAUGGACCUCGACCUACUAACACGCUUCCACAUCCCCUAUGAGGUUCUGUGUCGAUGGUUGCUGAGCGUGAAGAAGAAUUACAGGCCCGUCAAGUACCACAAUUGGCGACAUGCAGUAACCGUGGCGCAGACCAUGUUCGCCAUGCUCAAGACGGGGAAGAUGGAACAGUUUAUGACGGACCUGGAGAUGCUGGGGCUGAUCGUAGCGUGUCUGUGUCAUGAUUUAGACCACAGAGGUACCAACAACAGCUUCCAGACCAAAACAGACUCACCUCUGGCAAUCCUCUACUCAACUUCGACCAUGGAACAUCACCAUUUCGACCAGUGUGUGAUGAUUCUGUCCCAGGAUUCCAAUAACAUCUUCCAGUCUCUCAGCGCCGAAGAAUACCGGAGUGUGAUGACCCUUGUAGAGAACGCGAUCCUAAGCACAGAUAUGGCGAUGUAUUUUAAGAAGAAGAACACUUUCCUUGAGCUCUCGGACAACGGAGAAUUUGACUGGCAGAGCGAGGAGAAGAAGAACCUUCUCUGCGGGAUGAUGAUGACAGCUUGUGACGUCUCCGCUAUCGCCAAGCCGUGGGAGGUUCAACACAAAACCGCAAAGUUGGUGGCCGACGAGUUCUUUGAGCAGGGAGACUUGGAGCGCCUGCAACUCAAUGAACAGCCCGUGGCCAUGAUGGACAGGGAGAAGAAAGAUGAGCUCCCUAAGAUGCAAGUUGGGUUUAUUGAAGUCAUCUGUCUGCCUCUGUAUAAGGCCCUCUCAGAAUCCUUCCCCUGGGUCAAGCCUCUCUACGACGGGUGCGAGGCGAACAGAGAACAUUGGAAGAGAUUGGCAGAGCAGGUUGACAUGGGACUGACCUGGAUUGACCACGAAUAUAUUGACAAGCCCGUGGAGAGGAAUGAUAGGGAGGUCAUCAGCAAGAUCACUCUCAACCCCAAGCCUUCCACCACCUCCACCACCUCCACCUCGCCUCCGAAGAUCGACGGAGACACGAUAGGCGGAACAGGAGUCGUCGCCGGGGUCCCCAACACAACAGGAGGAGGAGGGGGCGGAGGAGGAGGAGGAGGGGGGGGCAAGGGGCGUCUGGGUAUCGGCUCUGCACUAAUAGGGGGCGCCAGCAGGGUCUUGAAGGGGGGAGCGAAGCGGAGGUCGGUGGAGAAGAGACUUGAUAGGGUUAUGGAUUCAAGCGGUGACCAGCGACCUGCCACCCGUCUCUCCCCCAAGAAGGAGACUAGUGGAGGAGGUGGAGGAGGAGGUGGAGGUAGUGGAGGAGGGAGGUGCUCGCUUCCAGUCUCCCGGCAGGCUUCUAAUGAGGAGUAUUUAGGGAAGAGCAAGCACCCAGGGAGGGCGUGUGGGAAGCUGAAGGGGCGGAUGUGCGUUCUUCUGUGACAAGACCGAGACCAAGCGAACCUGGCUUUGUUUACAUAUGACGUCACGGCCACUCAGUAUGGAUAACCCUCCCUCAGCCAAUCAGAGACGAAGACAUGAUCAAGAUGACGUCACGGCCAGCCAAUCAGGGAGCUACAAGCGAUUCCCAGACCAAGACCACGUGGGUUUGUUUACAUAUGACGUCACGGCCACUCAGUAUGGACAAGCCUCCCAUCAGCCAAUCACAGACCGAGAUCAAAAUGACGUCACGGCCACUCAGUAUGGAUAAGCCUCCCCUCAGCCAAUCAGGGAGCGCCUACUGGGUUCUAGGGGCCCCUUAGUGAGGAUAGUGACGCUUUGUUUACGUUUCUCAGUCGCCACUCAGUAGGGAUAUUCUGCCUGCCUGCCUGCCUGCCUAGUUGAAUAACGAUAAUGUUUGUAAUAAUAAUGUUAAUCACGAUAGGGAAUGUUAUAGAGAUUGUGUUAGUUGUUUCUUUCUUUCUUUCUUUCUUUCUUUCUUUCUUUCUCUUUUCAAUUUCUUUCUUUUUUCCUCGUUUCUAUGUUUUCUUGGUCUAUUUCUUUCCUUGCUUUCUAUUUUUCCCUCCUCCCUUCCUUCCUUUCUUCCUUCCUUCUUUCCUUCCUCUUCUCCUUUCUCUCUUCCUUCCUUCCUUCUUUCCUUCCUUCCUCUUCUCCUUUCUCUCUUCCUUCCUUCCUUCCUUCCUUCUUUCCUUCCUUCCAUCU